ACAAUGACACAAACAAAACCGCUAUGUUGAUUGAUUGGAUUGCAGCUUCAGAAAUCAAGAUGGCGUCCUCGAACGCGGGGAACAGCGUGGAAAAGCAGAACAAGAGUCGAAAAAGAAAAAGAAAUAGCGAUAUUCCAGGUUUUGCACCAAGUAGUUCCUCCACACCUGUGAUAACCUCUCAAGCACCGAGAGCAAUUAACGCAGAGCAGUUCGCUUCAGCUCGUGCAGUGGAGAUAAAGAACAUGGUGACUGCGAUCGAAGAAGCUGAUAAAUCAAAAGGAAAGCGUGUGUUUCAAACGCUUCCAAGGCACAUGAGAAGAAGAGCAAUGAGUCAUAAUGUCAAACGAAUGCCUGUCCGUCUCAGGCAGCGUGCUUCUUACGAGAUGCAUAAUCCAGCAAACAGACCUGAAACACUCAAGAAGAAAAGUAGGCGUCAUCGCCGUCAACCCAAAAACUUGCUUGAGGAGUACACUCGCCGACAACGAAAGCAUGUCUGGCUUGAGACACACAUUUGGCAUGCAAAAAGAAUGAAGAUGAUUGAUGCAUGGGGCUACAGGCUGGCUGAUCACCCCAAUGAUAAAGGCUUUAGAGCGGCAUACAGGGCUGUCAAGAACAACUGCAUCUUACAGGACAUGUCGUAUUAUGGGUGCAUUGAAGUAUGUGGCACUCAGAGUAAGAUUAUACAAGCUAUGAGUCACUUGACCAGUCAAGAAGCAGGGUUAACAAUGGCUGCUAAAUACUAUUUGAAUGGAAUGCGAGAAGGGAAUGUAAUGCUGUACAAGUUUGAUCAGUUCCCUCUCGGAGCAAUCAGCCCUGUAUCUUUUCUCUGGAGACAAAUAAGAAGUAAAACAGAAACUACAACUACCACUAAGAAUGUGCAAUAUUCUGACAGGCAGGGGUCUGAACAGCAAAGUGUUGAGAUUGAUGUUACAACCCAGGACCAUACUUCGGUCGAAGCAGGCUGCAGAAUACUUGAAAAGGAAGCAAACUCUCAACUCUGGGUCUGGUCUCAUCCUGCAAGUUUCGAUUCAGUUUUUGAUGCAAUAACUGAAGCCUGUAAGUCUGUCGGGAGGACAUCAAUUGAAAGAGACAGCAAAGUUUCUGAUGUUGUAGACAAGGAUUCUGUUGUAAACACAGACCGUCCUGGCGAAGGAACUGAUAGUACUCAACUGGUAAAUGGUGUGGAUCAGUCAGAGUUAAAGGUGACCUCUCUUCGACAUGACUUACUCAGAUUGCGUCUCACAGGACCUCAGUCACAUGUUUUACUUACAAGCACUUUAAAGCUCUCUACUGAUUUAAAACACAAACAUAGCAAAAACAAAAGCAGCAUGCAUGUAUUUACUUCACACAAAGCAUCAACAAGUGCCGUCAAUGACGAAGGUGUGAACAACAGUUCUUCAAAAUGGUGGCAAAAGGCAUUGGACGACCCAAGCGAUUCACUGGCACAGAGUGCAUUAUGGGAUAAAUUAAAGAAAGCCAGCUCGCCAGCAGUCCUUCCCCUAAGGUGUGUCAUUGGCUUAACAGUUCUGGAUCCACGCCUUUACCUCCCUGGGAAGAAAAAGAACAUCACUAUUAACACUGAAGAGGACAAUUUUGAAGAGUUUGACUCACGUGAUGAGACUGUACCUCAAUCAUGUGACUUGCUGAACAGUAUAGGUGAAGCUGUGAGCAAGCCUGAAAAGGACAUUUCAUCUUUUGAGCAUGUAAUAAGCAACUGGCCAACUGAUGUCGCAGGCUCACAUAUCUGGGAUCAAGCUGUCCGUCAUGAAGUAAAGGAGACCAAAAUGACCGAGCAGGAGCUGAACCGAAAGAGGUCUGAGCUCCUAGUGCCCAGCUCUCAGUUGAAUUUAAAUCCAGAUGAGAUUUCACAUAUUCCCGUGCUUCUUGUACAGCAACCAGGAUGGUCGGGCAACAAUGGAGGUGCUGGCGUGGGUCUUGGAUACGGCAAUGGCUGGGACGUUAUUCUUCCCAGUGGAUGGGCCAUGGCAUUUUGGAUCGCUUUUGUGUACCGAGGGGCAAGAACUGGGGCACUACAAGAGAGUCGAACGAUAGCCCUUGAACAAGGAGUGCCAUUCUUUCCAAAUGAUUUCCCAGACACCCCUGCAGGAGAGGCACACAAUAAGCAGUUGAAAGAGGAUGGUGAGGCUCAAUACAAGCGUUAUCCACCAGCAAAAAGACCUAACUAUGACAAGUUAGGUGUGAAAUCUCCAUUCAGUCCACCUUGGAGAGAACUUGUUAAGGACUGGAGCCCUUGCGAAUCAACUUCCAGCAAAGUGUCAGAUGUACCUAUGGAAAUUACUGAUGAUUCAUCCGGAAAUAUCCCUGUUGCAAGCGAGUCGCCUCAGAUGGACAUCGCAGCUGUCCGGCCAUUCUACGUGUUGCGGUCACGCUCUAAACUGACUUCUCUGCGGAAUUGUGUUUUACGUGACAAGAAACCACGAAAGAGAGGCUACAAACAUCACGUGGCGACGAGUCACGCACCUUCACCAAUGGACGAUUUGUCAUCUGUCAUGAAAAACGAUCUCAAUUCUCUGGUAUUCGUGUCAGUGCGUAUGGUCAACCGAAACGUCCCUGUACCCGACUCAGCCUUGUCGAUUCCUUCAACGGAGGACAGUUCGAGACUCGCAAAAUGCAAGGAUGCCUCUGGACCCAUAGAACCUCUGCACAAAGGUCCGCAGGCUCAGGCUGCCGAGAAGUCGUUGCUAAACUCUUGUACAAGAGAAGUCGUGGGAUUUGUUUCUUCAGGACAUUUCUCACUUGCUCGUGGAUGUGGUUUUGGAGUUGGCUUUUGCGCUCUUCCUGGUCUUAUGAAGUUGCUUUCUUCUGCGAGGAACACUGGAGAAGUCGUCGUGUUGGUGCGGGGUCCUUCGACCCAGCAGUAUAGAUUUGCCUAUUUGACCAUUUUGUGACCUUGAUUCUUUCCACUACAGUGACUGUGUAACUGUUGAAAUUUCUUGUCACUAGCAGUACAUUUUCGGGGUCUUUUUCCAAAUUUGCGACAGACAUCGCUGUCUUCUAAGUAGGAGUUUUCCUGGAGCCCAGUAAUCUGUCUCCACUUUCUUUUCAGCAAUUUUAUUGACAGAGAGAAUUACAUUCCACUCAUGACUAAAAAGGGUAGUGUGCUGUUGUUUGUACUGCGAAAAUAUUUUCUCGAAUUAACAAAUACGAGAUCAACAGUCAACUGAGCCAUUCCUGGAGAAACGUCUUUAAAAUAAAGAGGAAAGUUGGUAUACAUCAUUUCCAGUUCUCCAGCUGGGAAACACGGCCUUGAAGCUUGGUAUUACGCAAGCAGAAAUGCAAGCAGAAAUGAGUUCAUGGUAGAUUGACUUUCAUGGAAACCCAUGAGCACCACAGCAAUCAAACUUGCCAGCGAACACAUAACCAUCUCAACGCCAACGACCAUCGCCCCGCUCACAACGCUCUACAGAGUUGGGCAUUGUGACGGUUGUGUGCGUUGGAACAUUGUGUGGUGUCGCGCGUUAUGAUUGUUCUGGCCCGGGUUUUCCGAAAGGUAGAUCACGCUAUACUUCGGAUAAAUCACUAUCUAAUGGAUAGCGUGGUUUGUUUUGUUAACAUUUAUCCAGUGGAUAGCAUUAUCCAGCCUUCGACCAGCGUUCUCUACGCUGUGACCAUUUUUCGGAGGUUUAGACAUUGUGGUUGUAGGUGCAAUGGGGGCUCUGGGUGUUGUGGUGGUUAGGUGCUGCGAUUGUUGCGGUCUCUACGGCCUUUCCGUCCGCUUUGAUGUUUGAUGCAGUAGGCGCUGUAGAUGUUGUCUUUUGUUUCAUGACGACUUUGUAUGGAAAUGGUCGAUUUCUUUGCGUUCAUCGGGCGAGCUUUGUGUGGACGUUACAUUGAAAGUCGUUAGACGGCUAUUAAGCGUGUAAGUUGGGUUUUGCGUUGAGGCAAGACAAGAUGAAGGGCAAGAGUGUUAAUCCGCCAUACAUCUCCAGGUAAUCCCUCUCAUAUUAUUUUUAGAUAAGGUAUCAAGUUCUUCCGUUGAUAUUGAUGCUACCGCGCCCGUUGUGUGGACGUUCUCUUGGAUAAAACUGAAAUUGCUUGUAACUUAGUCGCUUGGGCUGCCCACGUGACCAAAAUCCGCGUCAUAGGGUCGGGUUGGUUAUUUCUAAAUCCUCAUGGAAUUUCCGAAACUGGGACAUCUAAAAAUAGCGUGAAAAGCAUGACCUCGGAGACAAGACCUAAACGUCUAGCGGAUAUGGAGGAUUAACUCUCUCACCCUUUAUGCUCUCAUAGGAGUUGUUUUCAUUGUUUUUGUUUUUUUCGGUUUGGUUGGGACGUCCGAGUUUUCGAGUUCGUGUGCAGU